AUGUACUCAAUUAUUAACAUACUAUUCGUGUUUCUUACAUCAUGGUCUUUAAUUACGUGCAGCAAAGAGAAGACUACAAACGAAGAGAAGUCAGACAAGUUUCGCCCCAGCGGAUCAUCUUCAAGGUCACACUCGAGGAAUCGUCGAAAUUUUUCAUCUAGUAUAUCUAGAUCUAGAAGACAAACAAGAAAAACCAAGAAACAAAUUCUCCGCCCAAAGAAAACUCCUGAGCGGAUUGGUGCAACACCUCGGGAAAAAAUGGACAUGAUCAAAAAAGGAGCGAAGAGAGAGUCCAGCGCAUAUCCCACCUUUGACGAUGUUCCCAGUGACUGGGGCGAUGAGAAGAAAGACAAAGCUCAGAAACAGAGUUCGAAACUUAGACCGAAACAACCGGAGAUGAACAAAAAAGAACUUAUGAUUGCCUUAGGAGCAAAACGGCAGGAAAGCGCCUAUCCAACUAUGGACGACGUUGAAAGCGACUGGGAAACAAAAAGUGAUGAUGCAAAGAAAAAGAACGGAUCUGACAACAAAUGCAACAACAAUAAUAAGGAUGAGGUCGAUUUCGAGUUGGAUCUCCUGGAAUCCGAGAAGAAAGGAAGUCAGAAAAAGCGAGCGACGGAUUGCAAACAGAAGGUGAAGCAAUAG